UGAAAAGCUUCCGUAGUCACAUGAAUGGUUUGUUGUGGUUGUGCCUUUUUUUCCCAUGUUACACUAUGUCGUUUCAAUUCUGACAGUGUAAUCGUCUCUAUUUUGCUGUAAUAUUACGAUUCUUCGGAUUCUGUCACUUAUAAAUCUCCCCAUAAACAAGUGACGCGAGAACGUUUCGGAUUUUUCGGUUAGUCUGGUGACUGGUGAGGCAUGUAUCACCCCGCAGCCUGAGCUAGACACACAGGGAGGCUGUUGUUAGUUAGAUUUUCUUGUUUUUACUUUGAGGGAGUCAGUUUACGGUUGCUGUUUCUGGAGCCGCGGGUUCGUCAUGCUGCGGUGGAUUCUCGGAGGUCGGGAGGGGCAGAGCUCAGUGGAGAAAAGCUCCGUGUUGUGCAUCGGAGAGGAACAGCCCAAAAACUGCUUCACUGAGCUGCAGGUGCUGAAAGGACAUUUUGACAUCGUUCGAUUUCUGGUGCAGAUUGAUGACUUCAGGUUUGCUUCGGCAGGGGACGACGGCCUGGUGCUGGUGUGGAACGUCGAGACGGGAGAGCGGCUGCAGGAGCUGAGAGGACACUCCCAGCAGAUCACAGCCGUCAGCGCCUUCUCCUGCGGCGGCUUCACGUCGCUCAUCACCGCCUCCUCAGACCGGAGCCUCAGUUUGUGGGAUCCUGACACGGGAAACAGAGUGCAGACCAUUUCAGACCUGCAGUCGCCUGUGAAGUGUUUGCUGGUGCUGGAGCGGCUGUCUGUGUGGCUCUCCGGCGGGGAAGAGUUGUGCGUUUGGGACAAAGACUUCCAGCUGCUGUGUCACAGGCAAAAGCACAGCGACACCGGAGUUGCUGCUCUGGUAGAACUGCCAAAGAACUGCGUGGCAGCCGCUGUGGAUAAAGAGAUAGUGAUCUACAGAUUGACUGCGUCAUCGGAUUCGUCUGUGUUGCUGGAUGAGAUCUCGCGUUGUUCUGAUCACCACGACCAGAUCCGAGCGCUCAUCAACGUCAACGACGGGAUGUUUGCCAGCGGCUCCCACGCGGGCGAGUUGAUCCUGUGGGACUCGGCGAACUUUUGGAACGUGGCCUACGAGCACAUCCUGUGGGAGGAGUCUCACCCCAGCAGCCAGACGGAAAUCAGACUGGCCGCUCCCAAGCCCAGUGAGAUGUCCAUCCAGCACCUGACCUCCAACGGGAGGCUGAUCCUGGCGGCUGUGGGCAGUGGGCUGUACGUGUACGACGUCGUGACCAAAGCUGUGGUGGCCUACAGGAAGGCCGCACACGACUCCAACGUGCUGCACACCAUGCUGCUGUCUGACGGUGAGGUGAUGUCGUGCUCUGAAGACGGCAGCGUGAGGAUGUGGGAGAUUCAAGAUUUACCUUUGGCUGCUGAACCAGCAUCUGCAGGGUUCUUUGGUAUGUGGACUUUUGGACGGUCGAGCAAACAGCCCGGUCCACAGUCAAAGAAGGUCCUGGAAAUACCCAACCUGAGGACGCUGGAGCUGACCGGAGAUCUGAUUGGACACUCGGGAGCGGUCCAGAUGUUUCUGAGCUUCAGGGAGAAGGGCUUGGUGACGUGCUCGACGGACCACCUGCUGAUCCUGUGGAAGGACGGGGAGAGGCAGUCCCGGCUGCGCAGCCAGGCGCUGUUCCAGAAGCUGGAGGAGAACGGAGGACUCUGAAACCGAAGCCUUUCAGUCAGGAGAGAAGGAUGACUAUCAUUGCCUCGCACAUCAUUUGACUGUAGACUGACGAUUGCUGUGUACAUUCAUUGGUUGGCUAGUUAUUUUUUAUUUUUUAUUGAGGAAAGUUCAUUAAUUAAAAAAAACCUAUUGCCUUUCUUUCCACCAUUGUUUGAGAUCCAGAGAGCUGAAUCCUGUUUGAGGUAAGAAAAAAAAAAUCCCUGCUGUGAUUUUGUAAGAGAAAACAAAUACAAAUUUUAGCAUUUUUCUUUUUCAGGGUGUCCACGCAUCCUUAAAACAUUUUAAAUUCAACUCAUGCCUCAAAUGUAAGGCAUUAAAAUGCCUUUAAUUCAUAAAAAUAUAAGUUGGUCUUAAAGAUAAGAGUCACAGAUCUUAAAUUGUGUUGCAGCAGAGCUAUUUAAACUCAUGUAGGCCGAAAGUUUUGAGUCGGCUGCAAACAUCUCAACUGUGUUUUUAGUCCAGGCAAAAAACAUUGAAGCUAAAGCUUUUGCGUGGAGUUGAGGUUAAGAGAAUUUGCAGUGAGAAGCCACAGUCGAGACCCAUAAACAGAGCCCAGAAAUAUCACAAUUUAGGCUGAACUUGAUUAUAAUACAGGAGGAUCUCCCAUCCUCCUUUUAGGACUUAAAUUUAAUUCAAGGUGUCAUUAAAAGUCUCCAGUUCAACUGCAGAUAGCCUGUCCUUGAGCCCAGUGUUAAGAACAGGCUUAACAACCUUUAAUUGAAGAUGAAGUGAAUCUUCAUUUAAAAGAUUCACUAUUAAAUGAAUCUUUUUUUUCUUUACAGCUUACAUUGGCGAGUUAUGGAGGCAGCUGCCAAAAUCCUCCUAAGUUGUUCUGUUUUUAUUAAUUGCACCAAUCAGUGCCAAGCAAAGCUCGGAUAUUAAAUGUCACACUCUGUAAAUGUGAUAUUGCAUGCUUAUUUAUUCAUGAAAUAAAUCAUAUUUCUCAAACUGAUGGGAUAUUGUUUGUUUUGUUUUUUUUUUCCAUUUAGUUAUGCAAAACAAAGUUUAUUUUCUGUUUACAUUUGAUGAUGCCCAGUAGAUAUCUUUCCCAUUUUUACCUGGAUCCGCUCCGGUGCUGCUUCUUUUCUUCAAAACCAGUGGUGUCAAAGCUAUGGCUGGAGGGCCAUUUGCAGCUCUUGGGAUUAUUUUGUACAGACACCAAGUAAAGAGCUUGAUAUCAUCUGUGAAACAUGGAUGAAAGUGCUGUGGUUUUGGUGAUACCUCCUGGCUAGCUCGCCAGAAUGAGCUCUACCAUGAAAAAUGUGAAACCAUCUGUAACAAACCGACACCUGAAGUAGGACUGGACUGACCAGAACUUUCAUGUCUUUCGCUUAAAAAAAUGAAGCAAUUUUGAACAUGGAGGUUAACUGGUUGAAACUUUACCAGAAGUAAACUGAAAGAGUAGGUUCCACAUCUGCAUUGGUGCCAGUGACGUAGCGACCUCAUAGUUAAAUAACGCUUUAUUCAUCUCUCACAAUACUUUUUUUUGUUUGACAGAAAACAUCGAAAAUAAGACAUAAUGUGGCAAGAGAAAAAUACACAAAGCUUUCAAAACAAUCAGCCAUGGCAGAGUUUAGGAAGGUGGAGCGUAAAACGUACAACUAUUAUGCAAGAGGCAGUAAAAUCUUUAAAAACACACAGUACAGUUGUCACGGGCAAUAAUAAUUUUUUCAAAAAUAGAUUAUAUAUAUAUAUACGUAUCCAAAAAGGAUUAUUUGCUAUAUAUAUAUAUAUAUAUAUAUAUAUAUAUAUAUAUAUAUAUAUAUAUACCACUCUCUGAUGACGGUUUUCAUCUAUAAAUGGUGCAAAGCUCAGGGUUGGCACGGCCGUCACUGAAGGCGAAGCUGUCUGUGGUUCUGCCAGGCUAAAAGACACAGAAUGCAGGCCGCAUUCAAGUAGUGACUGCUCAGUGGAAAAGGCAUGGCUGUCUGAAGUCUAAAGUCUCUCUCUCGCUCUCUCUCUAAAAUUUCUAGUUACAGGAUAGCAAAAAUAUCCCCUCAUGAAACAAUCCGAGCUGGAACCAUGUUUCAGGUCGCUGUAUUUUUGGACACGAUGGGUCGAAAUGUGAGUAACAGGGAAGCGCCGACUGCAGCUUUCUGGCUGAUCAACGAUCUUUCAUAGCCUGACCUGCCGAUUCCAAUUUUCACCAAUUCAUUUUGUCUGAAAAGUCACUUCAUAUAGCAACAAAGUCGCCAAGUUGGCAAACCCUGACCUGAUGGGCGGGUCGGGUCGUCAGCCAGGCUGCGCAAAUG